AUGGAUGCCAGCUCAAGCUUGCCUGGCUCCCCGGGCGCGGGACCCCUCCAGGCCAUCACCCCCGAACAUGUGAAUCGCCGCGACCCCAUCUUCUCGUCCCUCAAGGCAGAAGGCAAAGACGGCUCUGUCCACGACAAGAUAAACCAGUUUAACAGCCUGAGCAUCGCGAUGCAGUCGAAGCAAAUGGAACGCAGGACCGCCGACGCAGCCCUGAAGCGAGCCAUGGUGGGACGCGAGGAGGCCGAGACGGAGCUGAGGCGACUGCGGGAAGAGAACAAGGCGCUGCGGAUGCAAGUCGAGCAAGGAAAAGAGCGCGAGCGCAAGGUCGGCGAACGACUGGAAACCGUCAUGGACAACUACGGCCGCGCAAAGGAAACACAUGCCCACACACAAGCCCUGUGGGAAAAGGAGAUCCGGCGGGCCCGCAAGGAGAAUUUCAAGAGCCAGUCGACCAUUGUCAAGCUGCAAGAGGAGCUCAGAUCCGCCCGGAGCUCGAGCAAGUCGGCCGAGGAGAGCCUCGCACGCGAAAAGGAACGCAGCAAAGUCAGGGAGCAGGAGGCCUUCACCGCGCGCUACCAGAUCGUUGGCGUUCAGGAACAGCUGGAAAAGGCGCUGGAGCGCGUCAAGAUUGUGGAGCAGGAACGGGAUGCCUUCAAGACGGCCGCCAGGAACGAGGAGGUGGCUCGCAUCGCUGCCGAGGGUCGGAUCCCCCUGCCGGCCACCCACGACGCGACGGACGAGUUCGCAUCACCCGAAAAGAAGAGGGCCGCGGCGUCGCUGCAGCUAGGCGGCCGGGCCGGGCCGCGGGUUUCGCUGUCCACCAUGGAGAUUGUUUCCUCGGCAGCCAGCGAAAUGGAGAUUGAAGAGCUUACGACGCAGGUGCUGUGGGAAAGGCAACGAGCCGACCGGGCCCAGGAAAUGGUGGAGUUUCUGCAAGCCGAAUGCCAGAUGCACUUGUGUGCCUGCUCCAAGACCAGCAACGCGCGCGAGAGCCCGGAGGCGCCGCAGAAGAGACGACGCGUGUCGGUGGACGUGUCGGGGGAGCGGCACGAUGCAGCAAUCUCGUUCAAGGAAGAAUCUCUGUCACCGCACUCACAGCGAGCCUCAUCACGCCAGUCCACUACCCAUUCCCUGCGGAGCUCGGUCCGCUCGCAGGAGCCCACUGCGGAGCCCGAGAUCGAGCCCCAGAUGGGACAUCACGAGCCCGAGCCCGAGGUUGAGAGGCCCGAGGUUGACGUUACCCAACAUCAGCCGCAACGGAUCAAGUCGAGAAAAGAGCCCCGGCGAAGCACAAUCUUUUGUCCCAAGGAAGGAAUCUUUCGCACGGUCUCAGAGCAUGAAGCCGCAGCGCUAGAUGCCCAGGAAAGGGCCGCAGCCGCUGCUCACCCUGCCGUCGACCACCAGACGGCUGCAGACGAGCCUCUGCCGAGCCCAGAAGCAAACGCCCACCACCGAAUGUACGCCCGGACGCCGUCGGUCGAACCCCCCGCGUUUGCCCUUCUCGCGCACGAGCGAAACUCGCUCGACUUCCUCCUCCUGGACGCCCCGCCGGACGACGCCGCACCUGACGCCGGAUCGGCGCCGCUGCUCAGCAUCCCCAGCAUUCCCGUGGUUGCGGACACGCAGCCCGUCCGAGAGCCCAAGAGAAAGUCGCUGCACGAAGAGGACCAGAGCUUCUCGCCUCCGGGAUCCCCCGGGCCGCGGCCCCACGGGGCAUCGACGGCCUCCUUCACCGUCACAACGACUGUUCCCCUUCGAGAAGAGCCAGCCCGCUCCAGCACGUCGCUGAACGGCCGGCUCCGGACGCCCUCGCACGGAAGCAACGCCAGCUUUGACUACAACGACCCGGCCAUGACGCCUACCAUGACGCGCGAGCAGGCCCUGGCCAAGAUUCGCGAGCGACGAGGGCGAGCACGCAGCGCAGCCCAGGCUGCUCCAUCAUCGUCGUCGUCGUCGUCGGGAAAGAAGCCGGCAGUCAAGACGGGCGCAAACACGGGGCCUCGGGGCCGUCCUGUAAAGAGGGACAUGAGCGCUCCCACGGCCAAGGCCACGCCGCGAUUCAAGUAG